AUGGCAAAACUGCUCGACAAAGAGAAUGUAGUCUACACGGCUGCUGCUGUCGCUGCCGUCUUAGCUAUCCUGCUCGUCUGCUCUAUCGUAGAAUCGCUCCGCCUUCCCAUGUGCGCCAUACAAGUCUUCCUCAUUGGCGUUGUGAGUCUGAAGUGGGAGGAGGACAGCUGGCUCGCCACAGGGCCGAACCGACCAGCUCGUCUGUGCUGUCAGUUCACCAUGAUCCUCAUCCCUUUCGCCAUUUUCGUUGCGUCAGCGCUCGAGACGCCACCUCCUGCUCUGUACUGA